AUGGGAAACCCCCUAUCGCCAACAAUUGCAAAUAUUGUACUUGACACACUACUGGACGAUGUAAUUGACGAAUUAAGGGCUAAUAAUAUAGAGAUUAAGUUUAUCACUAAGUAUGUGGAUGACUUGUUUGCGAUUAUAAGGAAAUCGGACGAAGAGAAGAUAUUAAAAACAAUGAACGUUUAUCACAAUAAGAUACAAUUUACAAUAGAACGCGAGAAGAAUAUGUCAAUACCGUAUCUGGACAUCAAUAUCAUCAAGGAUAAUGGAAGAAUAAGGACAAAUUGGUACACGAAACCCACAUCUUCAGGUAGAAUGGUUAACUUCAACUCUACACAACCAUUGAAAAUGAAGAUAAGUACAGCGACGAAUUUAAUAAGGAAAGUAUUACAGAUAAGUGAUGUUGAAUACAGGAAAACCAAUAUUAAUAGAAUAAGAAAAAUACUUACAAAGAAUAGUUACCCAACAUAUAUGACGAACAAUUUAAUCAACAAAGUACUAAAAUAUGAAAAACAGCAGAAAAAUCCAAACACUGAGGAGGAAAAAGUUUUUUACAGUGUACCAUUUAUUCCCAAACUAACGGAGACAAAAACAAUGAAGAGAAUGAUCACAGAGAAAACAACAACAAUAGCUUACAAAUCAAAUAUGACACUGAGGCAUCUAUUUACAAACAACAAAACAAAAAUUGACAAACUUAAGAGUGAUAAUGUGGUCUAUGAGAUAAAAUGUGACGGUAAUGAAAGGGAGAGAUGUAACUUGGUUUACAUUGGUACGACAAAGAGAAUGUUGGGGACGAGAGUUAAUGAACACAAAACAGAUAUUGAAAAAGGAAAAAUAACGACGGCAUUAUCUCUGCACGUAAAGGAGUGCAAUCAUAAGAUGGAUUUUGACAAUAUUAAGAUAUUGGACAGAGAACAAAAAGAGAACAAACGAUACACUCUUGAAAGCUUAAGAAUACAACAAAAAAUACACAAUACAAUGAACACGAAAUAG